AUUUUUUGACAAUUGGAGAACAAUAGUUUAAAAACUAUUUAUAUUCCAUACAAUAUUCAGUGCGUAAAAUUAUAUAAGCAUGUCUUUUUUAGGUUCUCAAUAAAAAAUUUAUCUUUAGUUAUGGCUGAAAAACAAGCUACAUUUUCCAUUAUACCUAAAAUAAUUAAUGGAGGUAUUGCAGGACUUAUCGGAGUAACGUGUGUCUUUCCAAUAGAUUUGGUGAAGACCAGAUUACAGAAUCAACAAAUUGGACCUCAAGGAGAAAAGAUGUACGCAAAUAUAUUAGAUGCAUUUCAAAAAACCUUUAGAACGGAAGGAUUUUUUGGAAUGUACAGAGGAGCUGGAGUUAAUUUACUAUUAAUUACACCAGAAAAGGCAAUAAAACUAGCAGCAAAUGAUUUUUUUAGAUACUAUUUAUCAACUGAAGGGAUAUUGCCAGUAUAUAAACAAGUCAUUGCUGGAGGUUUGGCAGGUUUGUGCCAACUGAUUAUAACAACACCAAUGGAACUUCUAAAGAUUCAAAUGCAAGAUGCGGGAAGAGUUAAGGCGGCUACAGAAAUACAGAGUAAAGGACAGAAGAUAAACAUAAUCGAAAAACCAACAGCUACCAAAUUGGCUUUAAAUAUAAUUAAAACUGAUGGCUUCUUUGGAUUUUAUAAAGGUACUGGUGCCACUGCCUUGAGAGAUGUUUCAUUUUCCAUGGUAUAUUUUCCUCUUUUCUUUGCAUUGAAUGAACUAGGACCUAAAAGAGUCGAUAGUAAGGUUGACGCCUUCAAGAAGACGUAUAGGGCUGAAGGGUUCCUAGGAAUGUACCGAGGAUCCGCCGUUAACAUUCUACUGAUUACUCCGGAAAAAGCCAUCAAGUUAGCAGCUAACGAUUUUUUCAGAUACAACCUUCAAACUAAAGACAAGACCCUUCCAAUGUUUAGACAAAUGCUAGCAGGUGGUUCAGCAGGAUUGUGUCAAAUAGUAAUUACAACUCCCAUGGAGUUAUUAAAAAUUCAAAUGCAAGACGCUGGAAGGGUUGCUGCGCAAGCUCUCUUAGUUGGUAAGACUGUUCAGAAAACGUCCGCAACCGAAUUGGCUAUUGGAUUAUUCAAAAAACAUGGUAUUCUUGGAUUGUACAAGGGUACUGGUGCGACUAUGUUACGAGAUGUCUCAUUUUCUGUGAUAUAUUUUCCUUUAUUUGCUACUCUUAAUGAUUUGGGUCCUCGAAGAAGUAAAGAUUCCAACGAAGCAGUAUUCUGGUGUUCAUUCUUGUCUGGCUGUGUGGCUGGUUCUUUCGCAGCUUUGGCAGUUAAUCCAUUCGAUGUUGUAAAGACGAGAUUGCAAGCUCUUACGAAAGCUGAAGGCGAACGAUCCUAUACAGGAAUAGGAAAUGCAUUUGUGUAA